CGUUCUCAAGGGCGGCCGUUCCCCGCCCUGCCCUGACCCCGGGGGCCGCGGUCUGAACUCUGGUCUGGAGGAGUCGUCCCCGACCUUGGUCAGAAAUGGGGAACGUGCAGUCGGAGCCGUCCGCAGGCGGGGGCUCCCGGAAAGAGCAGGCCCCCGACCGCGCCCCUGACUCCCGUCGGACGUCCCUGGUGGAGCCCGAGGUGACAGCCGCCUCCCCGGCCAUGCGCCUGGCUCGCGGGCUGGGCGUUUGGUUCCCCACCAGCUCCGCGCCCCCGGGACUCCUGGUCCCCCCCGCGCCCCAGGCCACCCCGCCGCCCCUCACCCUGCCCCUGGACCUACACUCGCCCGUGACGGCCCCCUGCGAGGCGGCGGCGGCGGCCGCGGUCUCCACACCACCCGCCGCCCCCGCGGGGAGUCUGCUGCCCGCGCCAUCCAAGUGGCGCAAACCCGCGGGCGCGCCGGUGCCCCGGAUCCGCAGCCUGCUGGACGCGAGCCACCGCGGCCAGGGCGACCCUCCGAGCCUCCGCCCGCUGCCGCCGCCACCCAGGCCGCCGACCCAGGAGGACGCGGGCCCCGCCGCGAGGGCUCCGUCCCCGCCGCCGCCGCCCGCCGAGGCGCGGAAGCCGCCCCCGCCGCCCCCUCCCGACCGGCAGCCUGCAGGCCGCACAGUCACCCCCGCGCCGCCCGCGCCCGCCGCCGGCCCCGCAGACAGCCCGGCCGCGCCCCGCAGCCAGGGCCAGGCGGCCGGCCCGCUGCGCAGAGGGCCGCUUCCCCAGGCCGGAGAGGGCGAGCGGGCCCGCGCCGCCGCUGCGGAGGCCGGCCUCAGCCUCCUGUGCAAAGUGACCAUCAAGCCCGGCACGCCUCUGCCUACUACUGCGGCAGCGUCGAGCGCCUUGGCCGCCAAAACCCCGCCGGGCGGCGGCGGCGGGGGCGGCGGGCCCUUCUCUGCGGCCGCGGGCGCCAUCUCCUACGCCCAGGUCCUGAAGCAAGGGCCCCCGGCUGCUGCGCCCGCCGGCCCCUCGGCAGGGGCCCCGCGGGGAGCCCAGGAGGCAGAGGGCGGAGAUGGAGACGGCGAGGGCGGCGCCGGGCCCCCCUCGGCGCCCGCGUCCCACGCCCGGACGCUGCCGCCCCCUCCCUACACCACCUUCCCAGGCUCCAAGCCCAAGUUUGACUGGGCGAGCCCCCCCGACGGCCCCGAACGCCACUUCCGCUUCAACGGGGCGGGCGGCACCGUCGGGGCACCCCGACGGCGCGCGGCCGCGCUCUCAGGGCCGUGGGGCUCCCCGCCACCGCCUCCCGGCCAGACACACCCCGCCGCCGGCCCCCGGAGGCCCGCGGCCGCCCUGCUGGCGCCGCCCAUGUUCAUCUUCCCGGCGCCCCCCCACGGCGAGCCUGUGCGCCCCGCGCCCCCCGGCCCGCAGGAAGGGCCCGCGCCGCGGCCGCCCCCGCCGGCUCCCGCGCCGCCGCCCGCCGCCCCGCCCCCGCCGCAGCCGCCCGCGCUCCAGCCUCCGCCGCCGCCCGCGGCGCGCCCGCCCACCCCGGGCCCGGGCCCCGUGGAGUCGCCUCUGGCCCCGGCCCCGGUCCCGGCCGUGCCCCCGGAACCAGCCCCGGGCCCGCCUCCGGUUCCAUCCCCGGCUCCAGCUCCCACCCUGCCUGAGCCAUCGCCGCCUGCUCCCGCGCCCGUCAAGACCCGCACGCGAAGGAGCAAGGGUUGCCGCGCAGCCCGGGGCGCACCGCGCGAGGAUGGCGCGCCUGGAGAUGGUCCUCGCCAAAGGACUGCAGCCACCGGGACGCACAGAGGCGGCGGAAGGGGUGGUGGCGGCAGGGCCCCUCUGGCAGGGACGGCCAACACCAGCGCUGCGCGCCACUGGCCGCCCUUCCAGGUGCUUAACUCUUGUCCCUGCAAGUGUUACUGCCGCCACCAGCCGCGCCAUCGCCGCCUGCCACGCAACGUGUCUGCCUGGCUGAGCACACCCACCAACCACCUGAGCGAGCCACCCUGCAUCUCCACCAUCAAGCUCGAGGGCUUCCUGGUUGCAGGGCUGGAGCACUUCAAUUUGCAGGCCGCCCAUUCCAGCUGAGGCGGUCUGGGCAAUGCCCUCCACCUUCCCUCCUGGACAAUAAAAUAACCAUCCGCGUGCCUAGCUGCCUGUCAGUCACCGCGGGCCAGGGUGGGAUAGGAGGGGCCAGCAGAGCUCCUGGAAAGACAGGAGGCUGGACCCAGAGCAGUAGUCACGGAGGUUCCCUUCACCUGGCAUCUGGAUGGAGGGGCCCAGGGAUGAGAAGGUUCAUCCCCCUAUUAUCACUGUAAUGAUAGUGAUCCGGAGCGAAGCUGAAGGGUUCGGUACAAUCACUUGGAAAGGAAUGGGCCAUUUCCCUUUUCACAGCUGGGGAACUGACUGGGAGGCUUUCUUGAAAUCCCACAUUCAGUAAAGGGUUUAACCAGAUUUGGACUCGGCCUUCAGUGCCUUCUCACAAACUUCAGGACAGGAAACAGGUGGGAGAGGCGAGGUCAGAAGCCACAGCACUGGCUCAGGCAGGGUGGGGCCAGGGGAAGCCCACGCCACGCUCCGUUGCAGAGAUCUCACCUGGGAGCCCACAGACAGCCUCCAUUUCACGUCAUUUCACGCACUGGUUUAAUUCGUUGCAAACAUCUUUUCAAGUGAGGAUCUUCAACCUCCUUCACGAAAACAGCAGUGCCUCGGCCUGGCCUUCCUGUGUGUCCACAGCUGGCUGCCAAGCCCCUGGAGACCUUGAGUAACAGCCAGCCGACAGAGGCUGACUGAUGGAGGGCUCCCAAGCUUCCAAGUUCUUCAAAGAUAAGAACUCCUGGGCCUCCCUGGUGGCGCAAGGGGUUAAGAUGCAACCUAUGAAGCUAUCCACGGCCACUGCAGCACAAGUUCGAUCCCUGGCCAGGGAGCUGACCCACACCGCGCAGCAGACCUCUCCUGUCUCACCCACUGCUCCCCUCAGCAGUUUAAUUUCAGUCAAUCUGUUCCCCACUCUGUCUCUGGUGAAUCCUUUCACCACCACCCCAUACCUCUGACCUGUACCCCAGUUCUUGUAUACAUAAAUCUUUAAAAAAGAUAAAAAGGUAAGAACUCUCCCCACCAUUCCACCCAGGCAGACCAGAGCCCAGGAGAAAGACGGUCAAUCCAUUUUUAUUGGAGGAAACCUGCACUGUGCCCACUUUAAACAAUGCAAGCCUCGCUCCACGCCUGGCGGCUCAGACGAUCAUCUCCAGCUGCCGCGCAUACUCGAUGACCUGCUUGGCCAGCUCCGUGGAGGGAAUGGUGGUGUCCUCCGGCUUCUGCUGCUGGCUGGCGAAGCUGUAGUAGUUGUUGUGGCCGAGGACCCACCCUCGCUGCAGAAGGGAGGCAGGAGAUGGGUGUGAGGGUCACACAGGGCCCCUCUGCACCCCACAAAGCCAGCACUUGGGUCUUGGUUCACUUUCCUCACCAACUGACUCUACCUGAACAACCCCAGGCAAGUGACUUCACCUCUCUGUGCCUCAGUUUCUCUACCUUUCAGAUGGGAGCCCUAAUCACAAACUUCUCAGUCUGCUGUGAGGAUUCAGUGAAUCAACACCUUUGAAGUGCACACAGGAGUCCAUGGUCCAGAAUAGAUGAGUAAUAAACAUCAGCUGCUGGGCCUCCCUGGUGGCGCAAGCGGUUAAGUGCAGCACUGUGAAGCUAUCUGCAGUCAAUGCAGCAAGAGUUCGAUCCCUGGCCGGCCAGGGAGCAACCCACAUGGCACAGCACACCUCGCCUGUCUCACCCGUUGCUCCCCUCGGCAGUGUAUUUCAGCCUGCCUGUUCUGUUGCCCACUCUCUCUGGUGAAUCUUCGCAGCCCCUGGCACCUCUGGCCAGUACCCCAGUUCUUGUAUG